AUGGGAGCGGGCCAGUCCACGGCGACACAGACCCCGCCACGCGCCCUACAUGUUCUCCGGGUCACCCCCUCUUCCCCCGCCUCGGACACGACCAUCGAGCCCUACUUCGACUUUGUCGUCGGCUACAAGGGCGACACCCUCACGGACACCAACACCAUAGAUGCGUCGGAACUGGAACGACUGGUGGAGAGUCAUGAGGGACGCACCCUCAACCUAUUGGUUUGGAACAGCAAGAGUCAGGAUACCCGCGUCGUACCCAUUGUUCCCGCUCGUGACUGGUCUUCACCGCAUGCAAGCAUCCCGGAUCCCCAAGAGCCCGAGGCUGAACGCAAGCCCUCGCUCCUUGGUCUGAGUAUGCGGAUGUGCGAGCCCGAAUUCGCACUGGACAACGUUUGGCACGUCCUAGACGUACUUGAAGGGAGUCCUGCUGAGAGUGCAGGCCUCGUUCCAUACGGAGACUGGAUCAUCGGCUGGUCCGGCGGCGUUCUCAGCGCAGAGGGUGACUUCUACGAUAUGGUCGAGGCGCAUAUUGAAAAGCCGCUUCGCGUAUACGUCUAUUCAUAUGAUUUCGACACCAUUCGCGAGGUCGUCAUGAUACCUAAUCGCCAUUGGGGCGGCGAGGGGCUCCUAGGCUGUGUCUUCGGAUUCGGACUCCUCCACCGGAUACCACCUCUCCCUGCGGAUCGCGAGCCGGGCGCAAUUCCGCCGGAGCUCGUGCUCGACGGCGCGUCGGACGAGUACGAGGAUCAGCAGCUGUUCGUACCUGCAGACCUUCCUGGGUCCGGCGAGACCACCGAGGAGACGGAGGAGCGGCUGCAGUGGGAACAGGAAGAGUGGGAGCGCGUGCAGGGGUACGGCGAGAGCUAUGUGCAUGACCAUGACCCUGCCUAUCAAACUUCUUCUGCUUAUUCUGGCCGGGCCGGCGUGCAGCGCGAACUCUAUUACCAGCGACCACGGGGGUACCAUCACCAGCAAGCAGAUCAGGACUCGGAGUCACUGGAGCAAACGGAGGUGUCACAGCCCGGUUCGGUGCUCGGGUAUGAAGCGGAGAGCAGCGCGGCCGUGGACGAUGAGGCACCCGUAUCGGAUGAGGGCCAGUACGUGGACAACAACCAUCACCCAGAUGAGCAUCAGGGCCACGACCCCCCGCUCCUCGUCCAACCGCGCCCGCUGCCAGUCGCCGCGCUGGGCGUACCACGAACGCCGACGCCCGUCCGGCAGCCGCCGCUGGGCCACCGCGCGUCGUCAGGCUCGAUCGGACUGACGAGUCCUGUGCGGGGGUCGACGCCGACGCCGACGCGGCCGUUCGGGGCGUACGUGAACGCGCCGAUGGGCAGCAUGAACAUGGGCGUGGGCGUGGGCAGGAACGUGAGCAUGAACAUGAACAUGAACGGUGAAUCAGCUUUGCGCUUCUGA